GCCACCGAUCGCGUCGGAUGUGUUCCUUGAGGCUUACCAACGACGUGUGGCUUUUUAAACGGUGGUGAACGUGUGACUCAAGUUUUGUUUUUUUUGCUAUCGCUCACUCGAUACCGGUUUGGUGGACGCUUUUGUGGAAGUCUAUUCCCGUGCGCAAGUAUUUUUGCAGUCUUUCUUCGUUUAUGUUUAUUUUACUUCGUCAGUGGGCAAAAACUUUGACGAAAACCUUUAAAAUCUUACUUGCAGUUCUUGGUGUCCCGUGGAGGUAGAUAUUGAUAACAAUUAUUGUUGUUUGCGAUGUCGCGUGUGCUGAUGGAAUUCAUUGUUUGUGAUUGGCAAUAUGAUUUGAACAUCAACUAUAUAACGAGUUAAUAAAGUGUCUAUUGGGAAGACAGCUACAUGUUUAUCGUUCAACGUGUUCAAUAUUGAUAGAUAACAAGACGUGUAGUUAGUUGGAGAAGUGAAGAAAUUGUAAUUGAUAAGGUUUUCCAGAACCUAUUUCAAGGAAAACGACGACUAGACAAUUUUAUUGUGUGGUGCAUUCAGAAGUGGUACAAAGAAAAUCCGCCCUAUCGCGGGUCAAUCUGGUUGAUGGAUAUAUAUGCUCCCUGUCCGUAUAAUCAACAUUUUCGUUGGAUAAUGGAACCUCGAGUGCACAGUUCAAUGCGCAAAGAGUGAUGAAUAGGAAUAGACGUGAAAGAUGUAGGAAGUGUGUACGUUCAUGAAUUGAAUUAAUUCUUCAGCAGUUUUGUUGGAAGACGUGAAUGCAAGAAGGUGGUAAUACAAACAGUGGAACGUACUGGUUAGAUUGCAUCUUCAUUUUAAGAAUGUGGACCCUGAACGAACAAAGGAUGCUGCUGCUCCUAGUGUAAUUAAAAUGUGAGAUGUAUGAGAAAGUUGAGAUUGCGCUUUUUAUAUCGAGAUGAUCAUCAUCAUCGUCGUCCAUAGCAUGGUCGACAUGGUCCACGAGAAUACCGGACAUCGCAACACCGUGUGAUCCGUUCAUCUUUAAUUAUAAAACAUAAUUUAUGUACCUGUGCUCAUAUAACCCGUGGAAUUACGUUGCAAUUCUUGUGGAGUGAGAAAGCAACUUGGAACGGCCGAAGGAGACACAAAAAAGUUUCUCUUUGUACUUAUCCACGUUCUUCCUUCACUUCUGCCCGACGUUCUCUGUAACAUAAGUGAUCCUACAAUAUACCGGAGAAGUGCAUGCUUCAAGCAACUAUUCCAUGAUACUUGAACAGUCGCGAAGAAGCAUUAAGUUUCCCGUAGUUGGUGUGAGUGAAACGAUAAAUUUUCCGGGAAAGUGAAAGAACACGGCAAAACAAAAGACCUCGAUUCCGAUGUACAAAAGAGGACCAAUGCCGACGGAUGGAUGGAAGAUAAUUUAACAACAAAACAUUUAUUUCCAUCGAAGAAGUGCAAUAACAGCAAAUAAAUGAUAAUGAUAAUUUCGAAUAACGAGAUUAGGUUAAUGGUGAAUUCCCAUAAUAGUGAGUGAAAAGUGAGCAAGGGGAGAAAAAUUGUGUUAUUUAUCAGUCUUUUGAAUGGCCCAAUAUAUUAUAGUAAUUGUUCGAAGCUCACCGUCGAAGGAAUACAUUGAUCAACAGUUCUGUAAUAAAUCACUAUCAAAUCGAUCCUUCACUGUCAUAAUCAGUGAACCCAUUAGACUGUUCGUACGAUCGAACGGCAGUAUUAUUGUUGUGACGACAGUGAAAUUGAUAAUAGACGACUCUCUCCAUCCUGCUAUGCGUGUUCAAUGUUAAUGGGUUGAACAUAUAUUGGAAAUGCCUAUCACUACGAAGACUACGAAAACAUUGCCAUCCAGCAGUGCAACAAGUGCAGCAGCGAACGGAAAAGAGUUCUCAUCGAUUGCUAGAGCCGGUAGCCCAUCAAGGGCGGCUGCUUUUCCGGCUCCGUCCAACGUUGGUCCAAGUAGAGCUGCUGCUGCUACAUCUAAUGGACUAGCAGCCAUCGGCGGUGGACGUAAUGCCCGUCCGGGAAGUGGAUUGAGUCUAAGCGUAUUAGAUUUGGCAGCGAUUCGAAAGAUUUUGGAAAACGAAACCGGUGGCGCGCUGUGUCCGAGCUGUCAGAUGCCCUUCGAUAAGGGCAAGAAGAGGAAGCUGAUUGACACCUGUGGCCAUGAGCGGUGUUACUCGUGCAUGUUUCGGAACGAGAUUUGUCCGAUCUGCCACCCGGCGGCGCAACAAGAUAUCGACCAUGAUAUUUUAUCAAACCACGGCAGUUACCUAAGUCGAAAGAUGCAUGGUUAUGAUACUGGAAUCGGCAGCACAACAACACUACUAAGUCCUCUCAGCUCUCCUCAACCAGUCUGUCGUUCACAGGCUAGACAAUCCGGCCAUCUGUCGCCAACAUAUCAAAGCCCAAGUGAUCUCAUGUCAUCCGACGUCUACAAACUAAAGGAUAGGCCGCCAAGAUGUCCUUCUGCAUCCAGCAAAUCAGACUCCCACUAUGCUAGCAUAUCGAAUACAUCCUUCGGCGUCGGAAUGAAGCCUUCGCAACGCUCUGGACUAAACAGCAGUAGUGAAAUAUCCUCAAGUGCCUGCGCUACACCUCCGCAAAACCGAAGACGCCUCUUCAAUCCCAAGAACCUGCGCAGCCCAUUCGGCUACCGUCGGAGCAAUACCGCAACCGACAACUCUACACUGUCCGGUUUAGCGUCUCUAUUGAACCCGGCCACAUAUCAUCGGGCGGCUGCGGCGGCAGGAACCAGCAAUUUGCGCUCAUCGACAUCGUCGCCAAUCGCAGCAACUUCCUCGACGACGACUACUACUACAGCGGUCAACAAGAGACAACGGAACGUUAAUGAUAGCCAUAAAUUUCAUCGUCUCAGCCUGGGCAAAGCCUCCGUGGUUUUCGGCAAAAUUAAAUCCCUCUGGUCAGCGCAAGCGUCGACGGCCAACGCCGGACUGAAUCAAUUAGCAGAUGAUGAAGGCGGCAAUGUUAAACCGAUGCUUCUAAAUGGAAAGUCGAAAUCAUCCCAUGAUGAGCUACAGGUGCGCCUCGGAUUUUUUCUGGAAAACAACCCCCGACGGAACCUACGUGCACCUAUACAAUCAUGCAGUUCGCUAACGUCGACAAACACCAGUCCUGUGUCAACCCUCACUGGGUCAUCAGAAGCCGAUGUUUCGCGAACGCUGCAGCUGCACCAGGAACCAAACCACUACAACACCGGCUGUGAUUCAAUCGGCUCAAUGAUGUCCGUGUCCAUAUCGGAGCAGAGCAAUGCCUCCUCCAGUCCAAUGAGCCGGAGACAUUCAGUUACCACAUCCCAAAGUGGUGGCAAUCUCGAUGACCUAGCAUUGUUUAAAACCAGAAAGACAACGGUUAGAAGAUCAGCUCGGUCGGGUCAAAUCAAAGGGCCUAUAGAUCCGAAAAUUCGAUUUGCUCAAUACCGUCAGCAGCAGCAGCAACUCACAUUGAAGCCGUUGUUCUUUGAAGUACCUACUCAAGAACCAGAUCCACUAUUUGUCGGAAGACAUUGGUUAGUCAGAGAAUUGGCCAACGCCGUUCAGUCAACAGACUCACCUGGUAUUUUAUUGAGCGGAACCUUAGGAACGGGAAAAACAGCUCUACUUCUGCAGUUGGUGGAAUACUCAUGUUUCGGUCGACGCAAAGAAAUGCCUAUCCAGGAAAAUGAUGGAAUCUACUGCCAAAUAAACGUUGCACAUGAUCGAUUGCGAAAUCUCGCAUCACACGUGGUUGCUUACCAUUUCUGCCAAGCGGACAAUAACUCAACCUGCCUAAUUCCAGAUUUCAUCCACUCUUUAGCGGCACAGCUGUGUCAAGCCCCGCAACUAACCGCCUACCAUGAAUUUCUCCUAGGUGAACAAGCUCUUCAGAACGUUCUGAGUGUAAAGGAAUGUAUUGCCGAUCCUGAACGGGCUAUGGUAAUGGGCAUAUUGGAGCCACUGGCUGCGUUGCGAAGGGUAGGCAAAAUACCUCCAAAGAAUUGUGUUAUCUUAAUCGAUGGUUUAUGCGAAGCGGAAUACCAUAGGCCAGAUCACGGUGAUACAAUAGCUUCUUUCCUGCAGAAAAUGGCUGAACACUUUCCCUCGUGGUUAAAGGUCAUCGCUACAAUACGAACGCAAAUGACCGAAUUCACAAAAGGCCUGCCGUAUACUAAAAUGAGCCUUGAUAAUUGGAAUAGCAACGAAGCGCUUCAAAAAGAUAUCCUCGAGUAUAUCACAUUCCGGAUCAAUCAAAGUUCCAGCAUACAACAUAAUAUUGCCGGAGGCAAAGAAAUAAUUAACACAAGUAUACACUUUAAAUUUGCUCAGCAUUUGCUAAGUCUUACAAAAGGUUCCUUCCUUUAUGCCAAACUGACGUUGGAUCUAAUCGAACGGGGCAGCUUGGUCAUAAAAUCAAGUAGUUUCAAAAUACUGCCUGUCUCGUUGGCUCAAAUAUUUCUACUUAAUUUCAAUCUACGAUUUCCGACCACAACUGCGUAUGACAAGAUUUCCAGUAUUCUUAGCGUCUGCUUGGCUGCACUCUAUCCAUUGACGCUGACCGAAAUCUUCUACUCCAUCAAUGCUUUGAUUGUCGAAGGAGAAGGGGGAGAACACAUCGAUUGGGAGGAGUUUAUCUGUCGAUUUAAAACUUUGACAGGUUUUUUGAUCAAGCGAAUAGACAAUACGUAUAUGUUCUUCCAUCCUUCGUUUAGGGAGUGGUUGAUAAGGCGAGAUGAUGGGGAAAGCACAAAGUUCAUCUGUGAUCUCAGAAAUGGCCACGCAGGCAUUUCUCUGCGCUUAUCUCGCCUUCAAGCUCCACUUGAUCCCGAUCAAGCACUCGAAUUGGGUCAUCAUAUUCUUAAAGCUCACCUCUACCGCACUGCCCCACAGCAUCAAUCUCCCAGGGAUUUGCAAGCAUAUUGGGUGUCGUCCGUAACGAUAUGUGUGUCAUCCGCCCUUUGUACACUCAGAAAUGUAUACAGCCCCAACAUAAAGGUGUCAAGACUUCUCCUGUUAGCAGGAGCAUCACCAGACCACGUUACUAGCUUCUUGGGUAGCGCAACCGUCCUUUGUAUAGCUUCCCACGAAGGAAUAGUGCCGAUGGUGAGUCUCCUGCUCGAGUUCGGGGCAAACGUCGAAAAAACCAAUAGCCAAGGUUGCACUCCGCUAAUCUUAGCCGCAGCUAAAGGACAUUGUGACGUUGUCCGUCAAUUAGUUGCCGCUGGUAGUGCUCUUGGACAGACUGACACCUCGCAGCGAUGCGCUCUAGUGCAUGCAGCCAUUACUGGAAAGCUCAAGGUUGUGAAAUAUCUCGUGGCCUGUGACUGGAACCCUAGACCUAAUAGCAACGACGUCACAUUAGAACAGGCAGCUCAACAGGCACUGAUCGCCGCAGCGAGUCAAGGAAACACCGAGAUUGUAGAGGACUUCUUGGAUAUGGGUGAAGUACAGGUCAACCGAUUGGAUGUUAUCACCGGCGAAACGGCUCUGACGACGGCUUGCUCUAAUGGACACACUGAAACGGUGACGAUCCUACUCAGCCGUGGAGGUGCCACUGAUGUGAGAAAUCGCAAAGAGCAAUCUCCUCUGCUGAUUGCUGUUAAGGAAGGUCAUUGGGCAAUAGUCGAGAGAUUAUUGCAAAGCCAAACAGAUGUGGAACAGACCGAUAGCAAUGGCAAAACAGCGUUAAUGAUCGCAGCCGAAGAAGGACACGUUGGAAUAAUUGAGCUGCUAUUGAACAGAGGAUCUUCGCUUGGUACACUUGAUAAGGAUGGCCUUAGUGCUCUCAGCUGGGCUUGUCUUCGAGGCAAACAACAAGCAGCUAAAUGCUUAUUGGAAAGAAACGCAGAUAAACAGCAUGCAGAUAGUACUGGCAGAACUCCUCUAGAUCUGGCUGCAUACCAAGGUUCAGCUGCAUUAGUUCAAAUGCUCUUGGACCAUGGAGCACAAAUUGAACAUGUCGAUAUAAAUGGUAUGAGACCAUUAGAUCGUGCGAUUGCUUGUCGCAAUGUACAAGUUGUGCAAGUAUUCCUGAAACGAGGAGCCAAGUUAGGACCAGCUACUUGGGCCAUGGCCAAUGGGAAAUCAGAAAUAAUGCUCAUACUUUUGAACAAACUCCUCGAGGACGGAAAUACUUUGUAUCGUAAGAACCGCCUGCAAGAAGCUUCUCAUCGUUAUCAGUAUGCCUUGAAGAAAAUUCCGACGACCACGCUCAAUAGCAACGACAGCGGACCGGAGCAAUCUGUUAUCUAUUCGACUGAUACAAACAACAACUCGGCUAACAAUGCUACCUUCCAACAACUGAAAUUCAACUUUUUGCUCAACCUGUCGCGUUGUAAAAGAAAAAUGAACGAUGUGGCAGAAGCUGUGGAGCUAGCCACUCAAGCUAUUGAAAUCAAGCCCAAUGCCUACGACGGAUAUUAUGCACGCUCCAAGGCGCUUAUGGAGUACGGCAACUAUGGAGAUGCCCUCCGAGACGCUGGCAUGGCUUUAACAAAGGCUCAAUCUACGUCGUUGGAAAUACGGGAAACACUUACCCGACUGCACAGCGACCUCCAGAAGCGGCAUAUGCAAGCGCUGGCUGAGGCGGGAAACGCUUCCCUCUUGAGUGGCUUUGGCGAAAGCAGCACCAGAUCCAGUUCGGUACAUAGCAGCCGUUCCGUCGCCGAAUGCAUGGACAUAAUAACCGAUUUAUAGUGUGUGCAACAUAAUACUUAAUUUACGAUUUAGGAUUUAAUCAAAUAGCAAGUGUAACGAAAAAACGUAAAAUCGAAAAAGACUAAUGCAAAUCAUCAUUCGCAAUGCAAUAAAACUUUUAGUGUAAUAGCAUUCUUUAGGGUAAUUGAAACAUUUAACCUUUUUGAAAUUUUAUUUUCGACACUUCGAUUUUUAUUAAGCACUGAAAGUGCACAAUACUAUUGCAACGUAUAAUUCCUUUCACAGAAAAAUGUUGUGCAACGUAUUCAAAAUAGUUUAGAGUCGUUGGUCGUCCAUCAUAACUUAUAAAAUUAUUUUAUAAUCUAAAUUAUUUACCAGAUCGAUAAGAGUACAUACCAGAGAUAACAGAUUUCUAAUUUUCUUUAAAAGUACAUCAGUUUGAAGCAUUUUUAGAAUUCAUCUUGUCUUUGUAAGCCAUACAUGCAAUGUAGGUGGUGUAUAUAAAUUGAAAGGAAAGUUGAGUAAAAAAAAUCAUUUACACUGGCCGGCAUAAUAAAGUGCCCACUUGCCGUUUUUCAUACAAAAUGGUCAACUUUGGAGCUCUAGAUCUCGGGUUCCCGUGAACCGAUUUGGCUGAAAAUUUUACCAGAGCUCAGAUAUAACUUGAAUUUUAACAUAUCUAAGUUUCGACCAUAUUGAUUCACAGGUUAAAAAAUUAUUGCGGUAUUACCAAAGUGAAUUUUUUGGCAAAAAUUUAUUUUUUAAAUAUCUUGAAUUCUAUAGGUUGUAGACUGAUGACAUAUUCAGCAAAAACGCGUAUUUUGCCAAUACAAAAAAGUUUGCUAUAUAUACCUGUACACUUAGAGAUGUAGUUUUCGAGGCAUUUGAAAAACAAUUUUUUGCCAAAAAAUUCACGUUGGUAUUACCGCAAUAAUUUUUAACCCUGUGAGUCAAUAUGCUCGAAACAUAGAUAUGUUAAAAUUCAAGUUAUAUCUGAGCUCUGGUAAAAUUUUCAGCCAAAUCGGUUCACGGGAACCCAAGAUCUAGAGCUCCAAAGUUGACCAUUUUGUAUGAAAAACGGCAAGUGGGCACUUUAUUAUGCCGGCCAGUGUACAUACUACUUUAUUUAUGUGCAUGUUAGACUUAAUAAAAUGGUUUCCUUGGUUAACUGCUGAUUUAGGAUAUACAUUAAAUUAUUUUGAGUGUUUGUAUAUAAUAAGCAUUGUUUUAUCAUUUCGAUAAUUGUAGUACUCAAUUGAUACAAAAUAAAAUAUUAAAACUCAUACACAGAAAAAAAUAAAAUUGUUUCAAUGAA